UUUGAUUUAGACCAUGAUGCUCUUCAGGGGCUGAUCGGGUCCUCGUAUUUCAAGGAAACACGGCAACUACAUUUCCUAUAGUUCCACACGCGCUGUUACCAUGGAAGCAAGCACCGUGGAUAGCUUCUUCCGGGGUUUGCAACAAUAUUGAUGUUAGGAAACAGCUUUUACCCUACAUCUUUAGUUACAGCGAAUGGAUAUUAAACAUGUGUAUGCGCCCGUCUGUCCAAUAAUGUCAGUAAUGAUGAUAUAAGAUCAUAAAUAUAUCGUGUAUAUUUUGUUCUGCCCGCAGUGGUUUCGCGCUGCUAAUGCGCGCGAGUUUUCAAAGUGGGCGAGCCUGCUGCUCUUAAAGAGGACGUUCAGCCGGCUAACCGGAGCUAGCAUUGUAAGUUACCUCACUUAGUUUAACGUUACUGCUUGACCAAAAACUGGCGUUAACUGCUUAUUGGCGAAUGAAUCUACUUUUUUGAUCAAACGUUAUUUGGCGGGGGUCCUUCAAAGCAUGGCCUGGUGGUUUUUAAACUUUUGUCUGGCUCGUUUUUGUUAAGGCAAGUAAAUGUCAACGCUAGUUAGCUAGCUAGCGUCACUGCUUUGUAAUGUAAACAGUAGGUUAAUGUGGCUAAUAGCUAGCUUGUAACUUACCGAAAUGAAGGAAUAACCGACGUAUCAAAAAAGAGCACCCUGCACCAAACGGAUCUGCAUCAUGUCUAUUGAUUUCGACAGCGCUGCUCUUCAAACCCAGCAUGAUGAAGAAGAGUACGACCAAGAGGACUAUGCAAGAGAGCAAGAGUUGCACAAAUUGCUCACUGACUUGCCUGAUGACAUGCUGGAGGACAGCAGAGACUCCUCCUCCCCAGAGCUGGAGUGCUCUACCUGCAGCAAUAAAAACACGGGCAACAGCCCACAGUCCACGUGGACUCAACAGUGGUCAGACCAUCCAAGGCUAACCUCUCAUGAACAGAACUAUGAGGUUGACUAUGAUCAACAUCCCCAUGAUGAGUACCCUUAUGAGGACGGAGCUGUUCAGAUCAAUGGACAUCACCCUCAAAGUCAACCUCUGCCUCACACCUGGAACCAGGAUCAUCAGUUCAACCAGGGAGAUUAUACAUACACCAGCACAGGCACAGAAAAAUCUACAGAGACCAAUGAUUUCUCCACAGACGAUUAUGAGUCUAAACCGUACCCUCAGGGUACAAAUAAUGCUGUAGCGCAUAAUGGAGACAGAGGAUGCAGAGACAACCAAAACUACGGGGACCACGACAGCAGGAACCAUUUCCAAAAUUUAAAGUCUGGAGGGCUAGACAGAGGAGCGGAUCAGCACAAGGCCAGCUACAAUCCUCACCAUCCUGCCCUUCAGCCAAAGAUAUUUAACCCAAAGGCUGUUCACCAUGAAGGUCAAUUUGACCAUCUGCAGAGAGAAUUCCUUGACUCGACACAACAAACUGCUGAUAGAGAGCAGCUUGCCCAGCUGCAGAUUUUAAACAAGGCUCAGCAGAGGCAAAUUGAAGACUUGGAGAGAAAACUGGAGGAUUCAAGGCGUAAUAUGAGAUAUAUCGAGCAUCAGUUUGCAAUUGCCAAAGAUGAAAAGGAUGGCCUAGCAGUGAGUCUAAAGGAGUCGAGCCAACUGAUAGAAGAGGCCAAAGGGAGAGAGGUUCAAAUGCAAACCAAACUGAAAGCAAUGCAGCAGCAAGUACAGGUCCUUACUGAGCGAGACCAGGAGAACACGAAGAAGCAGAGGGUGGCAGAGGCCGCAGUGGACAGCAUGAAGCAGCAGAUGUUGGAGCUGUGUCGCUCUGACACUCUGUCCAAAGCCCGGCAGCAGCAUGACAGAGACCUCGCCAUCGUGAAGGAGCAGCAUGAGGCUGCACUAUUGACACUGGAGCAGAAGCUCGACUCGACAGCUCAGGAUCUGAGCGAGCAGAUUGACGUUGGUCAGAGGUUACGAGAGCAGGUGAAGCAGCUGGAGCGCCAGAGAGAAGAGGAGCAAGUGGAGAGAGCCAGAAUUGUCAACACCCUCACUCAGCGUCUGGAGGAGAGUCAGCAACAAUGUGCCAAGCUAUUGCAGACAAGUUCAGUGCAGGAGAUGAGUCAGAUACUAAUCAAACUACAACAGGCUCAAUCAGCCAAAGCACUGAGUGAAAACAUGAACCAAGUCUUACAGGAGGAUCUGGCAGAUUUGAAGGAGCAGAUCACUUUGUAUGAAUCUGCUGUGAAACACGGUGUUAUUGCUUUAGACCUGAAUAGUGAGUGGGAGAACCAGCUGUCUGAAUCCUGUGUGGAUUUAGGAUUGAAGAAAGCAAACUUGAAAAAUGGCACGCUACACAGAACCGCCCUGGCUCACCUGUCAGACUCCAAGCUGCCCAAAGAUGAAGCUUUGCAGCUGCUGCGGGUGGAGAUGCAGCGCUGCCUGGGUAGUCUGAAGGGGAAGCGGCAGAAGAUCACUCAGCUGCAGGAGGAGCUGCAGCUCUGCCAGGGUAAAGUGAACGAGCUGCAGACCCAGUUGGAUGAGGCCAAGCUCUGCUCUUCGGUCAGAGAGACGAGCCAGAUGAAACAUCUAGACCUGACUGGAGAGUCUCAGAAAGAGUUCUCAAGACUACAGGAAGACAAACGACACUUGCAGGAACAAGUGGAGGUGUUAGAAAAGAAGAAUAAGGAUCUGAAACAGAGUGAGGAGAAGGUGAGGUCUGCAAACUUGGAGCUUUGCACCAAGAUGAGGGAGAUGAUCCAGGAACUGGACCAGGAGAAGCAGGAGGCUGCUGAGAGAGCUGAGCGCAUACAUCAGCAGUACAGGGACGACGUGGUGGACCGGGUCAGAACCGAGCUCAUGCUGGAACAUGACGCUCAGCUUGAACAGCUGACUGUGCAGCACCAGCAGCAGGUCCAACAGUUACAGACCCAGCUGUCUGAGGCCAAUGAUAAGAUUUUGGCUGUGCAAGAGUGCUACAUAUCAGUCUGCAAGGAAAAAGACAUGCUUGAAGAGAGCAUUCGCAACAGGGAGAUAGAGGAAGCUUUGAUCAGAGAAAAUGAGCUAAAGAUGAGAGAAGAGAGUGGCACAGCGGUGGAGAAGCUAAGGGCGGAGCUCGAGGCUCAGCAUCAGGCCUCUGUAAACCAGCUCAAAGCUCUCUGGUCCAAAGAGAAGGAGACUGAGAUUCAGCAGCAGGUGAACUCUCAGGUAGCUUUAGUCAAGGCUGCUUGGAAGGAAGAGCUACAAAAGAUGGAGAAGACCUGUGUCCAAAGGCUGGAGGAGGCUACAACAGAGAAACGGAGAGAGACUGCUGAGGCAACCUGUCAGGCCAAUGAGACUGGAGCCAGCAGUGUUACUGCUGAGGAGCUGGACUCCCGGCUCAGUGCCCAGAAACAGCAGCUGCAACUGGAAGCUGACAAAGUCAAACGCAAAGCUGUGGAGGAAGCCAAGAAACAAGCCCAGAGAGAGAUGCAUGAGAAACACCUUGAGGACAUGGCCAAACAGGUUGAAGGUGCUGUAACCAGGGCCUACAAUCGCUGGGUUGAAGAUUUGACUUCAUUACCAGAAUAUCAAGCCUCUCUCCAAACAGAGAGGGAGAAAUGGGAAGAACUACAACUAAAACGCACAGAGCAACAGGUAUCUGAGGCCCUGAGGAAGGCAGAGGAGCAGUGGCAUAAGGAGCACAACAACCAUCUGGAGGAGCAGAGCUCUGGAACGCAGAGGAUGGAGGAGCUCCAAGAGGAGGUGGCAGCUCUCCAGAGUCAGCUGGAACAAGGGAGGAGAGAGCAAGCUGCCCUGCUGAAGGCUGAGCUGGCCGGAGCUAGAGCAGCUUGGAAACGAGACAAACAGCAGGAGAUCUCUGUUGUCCAGGCCCGCAGUGAGCAGGUGCACCAAAGCAAGAUGCAAGAGCAGCGCAAAAAGCUGGAGCAGGCUUUGCAGCAGGCCAGAGAGGAUGCUGACCUCCAUAAGAAGGAGCUGCUCCUGCAGAUGGAGGCCAAGCUGCAGCAGACUGUGAGGGAGCGAGAGGAGGCAUGGAGAUGUCAGCUUGCAGAGAAGGAGCAGGCACAGAGACAACACAUAAGAGAUGAAUUACUCUCAGAGCUUCAGACCUGUCUGGCAGAGGUCCAGGCACAACUUUUCAGGGAUCCCAAAACAGAUCAGCAAGGCACUGAAGACACCAGGAGGCCCAGCGGGGCCACAUCAGAGGGUACCAUAACACACAUCAUCCAAACAUCCUGCAAAGACAUAGUCAGCAGAGCAGUAUCUCAAGCCAAGAAGGAAUGGACAAAAAUAAGUGAGGAGAGACUGAGCCGUGUGUUAAAAGAAACACAGGAGCAGCAUGAGAGAGAAAUCGACAAAAUGCAAAGCUCUCUGUCCCAGAGGAAGGAGCAGGCUCGCUGCAGAAAGGAGUGCACUGAGACAUUAAGUAAGCUGCAGAAAAGGAACCAGGAGCUCCAGAGACACUUGGAGAAAGCCUGUCGUCAGCUCCAGCACAGUGUUCGAGAGCACAAAACUGCCAUGCAGCAUAUGAAAGAUGAGCAUGAAAGCAGCUUACAGAAGGCAAAGGAGAAACAUCUGCAGCAGCUGGAGGAGGAGAAGAGAGCUAAAGAAUCCUCUGGGAGUUCUGAUCAACAGAAUGCUCAGCAAGGCCUCGAGGAGAUGAAGCAGCAGUACCUCAUGGCUGUAGAAAAGAUCAGAGGAGACAUGCUGCGUUACCUCCAGGAUAGUCGGGAGCGAGCUGCAGAGAUGAUCCGAAUGGAGGUGCAGAGGGAGAGGCAGGACACUGCCAGAAAGAUGCGCCGCUAUUAUCUGACCUGUCUGCAGGAGUUACUGGAGGACGGAGGAAAGCCUACGGGGGCUGAAAAGAAAAUAAUGAAUGCUGCAAGCAAGCUGGCUGCCAUGGCUAAAGUGCUGGAGACGCCUUUCAAAAGUAAAUCUGGGAAGAACCACAGUUUACAAAAUUGUUUGACGGCUGUGCCCACAGCUGACUGCCUUCCAGGUAGAAAUGCAGGUUUUAGUAAGAACCCGCCAACACUAACUGAGCUCCCUGACAUCAGGCCAAAGGAGAGAUCCCUCAGGGAAAAGACUUCUGCUGAUUCAGAGCAGAAACAAGCAGCCGCAGCAAGGACUAAACCUCAUCAGGACAUUUCUGCGUCUGGGAAGGAAGAGGCCUCAAUACAUGCAGCGCUGAAACCCCAAACUGCUGCUCACUCACACCUCGGCUCUUUCAAAACUUCCCAACAGAUGGCGUUUCCUCCUCAGGUGGAUCUUGGCAACGUGUCUGUGAGGAGUAAAAGCAGGGAGCUGUACCUGCAGGGAGCAGACAUCCGCCUUGACUCGGAGCAACAGAGCAAACCGUUCCUCAUCCAGGAGGCUCCUGUCAGAGACGAGAGGAAGCCCGACUGGAGCCUGACCAGUAGUGAUUCAGAAACAGGCUUCCAAGUUUCCACGCUCUCGUACUCUGGGAGGAAAGUAGAGCCAGUAAAGCCCUUUUCUGUCUCUGCUGCAUUAGCCAGUGACUUAGGAGAGUUUGUUGGCCUCACCCCAGAUGUUUCUGACAUGACUGUGUACAAUGAAAUUGCUAAAAAGACUCCACACACCCAGACCUUGAACUUUCAGCAUGCAAAGAUGAGUACACAUAGAGAGCCCACCCCUGGCUCUGAGGCUGAGCAGCAGCACAGAGUUUGUUCAAGGCCUCUGUUCUCUGAGCUAAGACAUCACCAGCAGGACAGCGGCUUCGACAGCCCGUUCUACCAACAGAAAUGACAGUGACAGGCAGGUAUGAGGGAAACUUGGGAAGCGAGUUUGGAAAUAACUUGAUUUCAUUUAGCUUACCAAAUAGUGCCUUUAAUACAGUGUAUGAUGUUUACAUGAUGACCUUUACCUUAGUUGCUUGCAGUGCAUUUUAGUUACAUUGACAUUGUUAAAAGAAUAGAGUGACACAUUGGGAAACUCUUGGAAAACUACUUUUCCAAGAGUUGUGUGAAAAGAUUGAUACCACUCACAUGUCUGUAUGCUGAAUGGUUACGCAUGCCUGCAGACGCCCGCAGUGCACAGAAUAGGUGGAGUCUGCAAACCAUUUGAGCUGGCAGAUAAAUUGUAGCGGUGAGGGCGGCAUUCACUUCCUCACAACACACGGUCCAUACAAAGACAUACACAAACAAUUCAAGGGAGCUUGACAAAACAGAAUUAAUGAAUGGCAAGAAGUGAAUUGGUCAGAAAUGUUCCACAAAUUGCAAAAAAUGAGUAUAUUUAGAAAACUAUUUUUUUUAAAA